GUGUGUGUGUCUGUGUCUGUGUGUGUGUCUGUGUGUGUGUGUGUGUGUGUGCGUGCGUGCGUGCGUGCGUGCGUGCGUGUGUGUGUCUGUGUGUGUGUGUCUGUGUGUGUGUGUCUGUGUGUGUGUGUGUCUGUGUCUGUGUGUGUGUGUGUGUGUGUGUUUGUGCGUGCGUGCGUGCGUGUGUGUGUCCCAAAAUGCCAUGUGUGUGGGAGUGUUUGUUUGUUUGUGUCUUUUUCUACUCUUCUUCUUCGGGCAAGCAAGAAGGCUUGGAUACGAGGCUCGUAGCACGCUGAUGCACAAUCCGCACACCUCUCCUUGGCUACUUUCACGCUCCGAUGCCUUCAGGAUAGUGCUUUGUUUUCUACCCAUUUCCGGGUCACGUGCAACAAGAAAACGAUCCAGAAAGCGCUUUGUCGUUCAACAGCAAGCUAUUUCAAGAUGGUAAAUGGUAAAUGUUUGGACAAAGAACCUAACACACUUGCCGUUAGCUUUCUCGAAAUGUCACCUACAAGGUGCGAAACUGCUGUGGUGAACAAGAACUCGAUUCACAUUUCUCUUUAUACUAGGAAUAAAGACUGUAUGUCAUAGAACGUGGUACACCCUAAGAUGUUCGCUUGCUCUGCUUCGACUUGAAAUAGUGGCACGUGUUUUUUCAGGUGGGUGUGUCUGCGCGUGCGCGGUGAAUCAUGAGCGGGCACCUUUAAUUAAAUUAACGUAUUUGUCUUGACUGGAGUCACAAUUGACUUCAUUAAUUGUCUUUUGAAAUGACAACAUUGGCAAUGUACAUUGUGGGUAUACAAUGGCACACUAGCAGAGGAUAUCCUGUCAUUGUCCUUUCAUCCUGUCAUUUUCCUAUCAUCCUGUCAUUUUCCGUGUUGCCCAGACAAGACCAGGUAGUCUCAGUGUGAAACCAUGUGUCAGUCAUUAUAUAUACAUCACAAAGCCAGUGUUGUACAUGUAUUCUAAUGCAUACUACUGUAUGUGUUUUACCGGAUAAAACUGUGCUGUAUUCCAAAUCACUGUUGCAACAUUAGUCAUGGAGAGAAUUGUACACACUAGAUGAUGGUGUGUUGUGAGAUCCCCCCUCCCCCUGAGGUAACACGCACCUACACAACACGUGUUAUGAUGGUGUUAAUGUCACUCAGAUAAUAGAAUAUUUUUGUCGCCCCGAUAGACUGACAAUACUGUAAUAUAGUAUUUACAGUACGGAUCGAGUCACUUGAGUUUGCUUUGUCUGCUUGUAAGUGGUAAUAGAAAUUUCCUUGUUGAAUCAUCAUCAGCAUUGUCUUGGUUAUCUUUUCAAUGAGAUUACACUGCAAUGAGUUAGUAAAGCUUACACACUUUACACAAUUGCAGUGGUGUGUGACAAGUGUUCAGAGGUCAAUACAAGUAGGAUGUUUUCAGGAAGGAGUUCACCUGUGACAAUGGCAACAUGAGGUGUUAUGCAGGAAGUUGGAAAAGGAAUUAUUUGGCUAUGGGAUGUGUUUGAGACCGCAUUUCUGUACUUGAUCUUUGGAAAUGUGAAUUACCUCAACGUGUUUUAACCCUAGUUCACAACAUUUGCAGGACAGCAAUCUGGUCUGGUUCAGCAAUUUACAGCCAGAUUGCAGCUAGACAGUAGUUCACACUAUAGUGUACCCACCCCGGAUGUGAGGGUGUGUGAGGAGGAGUAUAUAAGAGCAAGCUCACCAGCUCACUUCAUCAGUAUCGAGGAUAUCGGUCAUCAUCAUGUUUUCAUUUUUUGUGACAGUUCUUGUGCUCAUUCAAGUCAUUGCUACUUGUGGUGGUCAAAGUGUGUCAGAUGAGAGAAAUCAGCAAACAUGUGUGCCUGCUGGUGCUCCAGGAGUACCUGGAUCACCUGGGUUGCACGGAUUACCUGGACGAGAUGGAAUAAAGGGAGAGAGAGGAUUAGUUGGAGAUGUCGGCAGUAAAGGUAAUGCUGGGAAGAUAGGUCCACAAGGUCCACGAGGGAUAAAAGGAGAAAAAGGAGAAACCACAACACUCAACUGGAAACAGUGUGUGUGGAAUAGUGAGGAUGGGAAGGACAGCGGUCUGAUUCAGAACUGUAAUUUUAGGAAACAUGACAGCAAUUCAGCUCUACAUGUUGCAUAUGCAGGAAAUCUCAGGGUUUAUUGCUCCAGUGGUUCUUGCUGUUCUCGAUGGUAUUUUACAUUCAACGGUAAUGAGUGCAGUGGACUUAUGACUAUUGAGGGAGUUGUGUAUGGUCAACCAGCUAAUGAUAAUCCUCACCGUCACAGACAGAUUGAGGGAUACUGUGAGAACAUUCCAGCAGGUCAAGUCAUAAUUGGAUUCAACAUUGGAAACUGUAAAUAUACAUCAACAACAUAUGAUGGCUCUACAGGAUGGCAAUCAGUAUCUCGCAUUAUGAUUGCAGAAGUUCCUCCAUCACAAAAGUGACUGAAUUAGAGAGGAAUUAGAACUUGUGUUCAGUAUAGUUUGCAGUAUGUACAGUACGAGGUAGUUGAAGUACUGGGGUGGGUGCAUGGUGUGUGUGUGUAUGUCUCACUUUACUGGUUGUGAGUGUAUGUAUGAAUGAAGUAAUGGCAUUACAUGUUACUGUGACAUUGGUCAAUAUAUACAGUAAGUGUAAUGG